GUGGGAGUGGAAGGGGACAGAUAUAAAAAGGAAGCGUGAAGCCCAGGGAAGAGGCCCUGUCUAAGCGGCUAGACAGAGCUGAGGGCACAGGACGCGGCCACAGCCCGGCCUGCUCUGCUGCAGCCAGGAUGGAGCUGAGGGUGGCUCAGACAGGCUUCGUGGUCCUGGUGCUGCUCCAGAACUAUUCUGCGUACAAACUGGUCUGCUACUACACCAGCUGGUCCCAGUACCGGGACGGUUUUGGGAGCUGCUACCCAGAUGCCAUCGACCCCUUCCUCUGCACCCACGUCAUCUACAGCUUCGCCAACAUAAGCAACAACGAGAUAGACACCUGGGAGUGGAAUGAUGUCACCCUCUAUAACACACUGAACAUGCUCAAGAACAGGAACCCCAACCUGAAGACCCUCCUCUCUGUUGGAGGAUGGAACUUUGGUUCUCACAGAUUUUCCAAAAUAGCCUCCAAGACCCGAAGUAGCAGGACUUUCAUCAAGUCGGUGAUACCGUUUCUGCGAACCCACGGCUUCGACGGGCUCGACUUGGCCUGGCUCUACCCUGACCGGAGAGACAAGCGCUACUUCACCAGGCUGGUCAAGAAAAUGAAGGCUGAGUUUGCGAGGGAAGCCCAGGAGGGAACAAGACAGCAACUGCUUCUCAGCGCAGCAGUGUCCGCAGCGAAGGUGAUCAUCGACAGUGGCUAUGACAUUGCCCAGAUAUCCCAACACCUGGACUUCAUCAGCCUCAUGAGCUAUGACUUUCACGGAGCCUGGCGUCAGACCACAGGACAUCACAGCCCCCUGUUCCGAGGCCAGGAGGAUGCGAGUUCUGACAGAUUCAACAACGCCGACUAUGCCGUGAGCUAUAUGUUGAGGCUGGGAGCCCCAGCCGAUAAACUGGUGAUGGGCAUCCCUGCCUUUGGGAGGAGCUUCACUCUGGCCUCCUCCAAGACCGGUGUGGGAGCCCCGAUCUCAGGGCCCGGAUUACCAGGCCGGUUCACCAAGGAGGAAGGGAUCCUGGCCUACUAUGAGAUCUGUGACUUCCUCCACUUCGCCACGGUCCAUAGACUCACUGGCCAGCAGGUCCCCUAUGCCACCAAGGGCAACCAGUGGGUGGGGUACGACGACAAGGAGAGCGUCAAAACCAAGGUGCAGUACCUGAAAAACAAGCAGCUGGCCGGCGCCAUGGUGUGGGCUCUGGACUUGGAUGACUUCCGGGGUGCCUUCUGCAGCGGGGCUGUGCGCUUCCCUCUCACCACUGCCAUCAAGGAGGCGCUCGGCGCGGCUUAGCCCCUGUCCUGCACACGGUGGGGCGAGGGGCAUCCCUGCUGGCCCGGAGCCUCAUCGCCCACCUUGCUGAGUCCCCGCCUGAGCCUCAGUCUCCCUCCCUUGGACCCCACGCGGAGGG